ACUACUGUAUUUAGUACUGUGUCAGUCCCAUUUUGAUCAAAGAAGCAUCAGAGUGGAAGUUUUUCUUUCUCGAGAGAUGUUUCAUAAAAUGAAGGAGAAGUAGGAAGAAGAAUCUCAGUUUCAUCGUCUUCUUCUUCUUCAGUUCCUCUCUCCACAGGUCUCAUCACACAAGAAUAACAAGUAUUUUGUCUAGGAAAAUAAAAAGCUUCGAUCGAAUUUUCUAGGGUUUUGUCGUAAAAGUAGCAGGCUAGUAAAAAUGGAUUUCUCAGAUGAUGAAGCGGAUGAUAUGGCACAAUUCGUGGACAACUUCCACUUUGUUGACGAUAGGAAUGAGCCGAUUACUUUUUGCAAUUUGCCUAUCUGUUGGACCGGUGAUGCAAAUCCAUCCCUUGAAAAGCAGAUUUUCUUGCAAGGAACUGCAGAUGGUGGGCUGCAACCAAUCUAUAAACCAGUAAUUUCAUGGAAAUUCGAGCUUUUAGACAAAGAACCUCGAAUAUUGGUGUUUUCCAAGGAGAAGAGCUGGAUUAAGCUUCUAAAGCCAAGGAAGAGCUAUGAGCCUACAAUCAGGACCGUUUUGAUAACAUUGAGUGCUCUACACUGUUUGAAGAGGAAUCCAGAUACAUUAGUAAAGCCCUUUUGGGAUCGCUUAAGAAAACUUUUCAGUUCGCAUGAGGUCAAACCUUCUGUGGAUGAUCUGAUUGAUCACAUCUCUUUAAUUAAUGACGCAGUGAAGCAUGAUGUAACUUUAUCAGAAUCAAAGUUUCUACAAGGAUUCCUUCAAAAUCCUUCUAUGGCAGAAGCCUCUAAUGAGGAUGUUUAUACUGCGCCAAAAGCAAAAAAGAGUAAAUUUAUAGUGGAUGAUGAUGAAGAACUGGAUGGAGCAUUUGGUGAUGAAGGUGAAGAUGGAAACGAUCAAGAGACAGAUCUAUUUGAUUCUGUCUGUUCAAUCUGUGAUAAUGGUGGUGAAAUUUUAUGCUGCGAGGGAAGGUGCUUGAGGUCUUUUCAUGCAACCGUGCAUGACGGUGUAGAGUCAGAUUGUAGAUCCCUGGGCUUUUCUAAGGAUCAAGUUGAAGCAAUUCAAAACUUUUUAUGUGAGAAUUGUAAACACAAACAGCACCAGUGCUAUGUCUGUGGAAUUUUGGGAUCCUCCGAUAAAGAGAAUCAGCCUGAGGUUUUCUCGUGUGUCUCUGCACUUUGUGGAUAUUUCUAUCAUCCAGAGUGUGUUUCAAAACUUCUUUUUCCUGAGAAUAAUGCUGAAGCAGAAGAGUAUAAGCAAAAGAUUUUUGCCGGAGAAUCAUUUACAUGUCCUGCCCAUCAAUGCUUUGUGUGUAAAGAGCGAGAGAACAAGGACGUUCACGAGUUAAACUUUGCUGUUUGCAGACGUUGUCCAAAGGCAUACCAUCGGAAAUGCUUACCUAGGAGGAUUGCCUAUGAAGUAUCAGAGGAUGCAGAAGCUGUGAGGGCUUGGGACGGUCUCUUGCCAAACAAUCGUAUACUUAUAUAUUGUUUGAAGCAUCAAAUUGAAUCAUAUGGAACACCUAAGAGAAACCAUAUUAAAUUUCCCCAUGAUGAACAAAGCAAGAUAUUUGAGCGGCAAGAUUUGCUAUCUGAUAAGGGAAAGACUCUUUCAAAGAAAAGAAGUGCUCCGUCUGGCCACUUUAUAAGUGAAACAACCUUUUCCAAGAAGCCAAAGUUGGCUGAAAAGGUAUGCUUUUCUAUAAAGAACAGUACUACUGCGCUAAAAAGGAAGAUGGUGAAGCCCUACGUAUUUGAUGAAAGGAAGGACAUACAUGGCCAUAAAACUGAAAAGCUCCAGAGCUCUGCUUCUCUCGUCUUAGAUAGUGAGACCAAAGACAGGAUACUGACUUUGAGGAAAAGGAUAUCAGAAACUAUAACAUUAAAGGAUGUUACAAGAAGUCAUAGUAUACCAUCAACCUAUCCGAACUUCUAUAGAAAUUUGGACAAGUCCAUUUCUCAAGGAAAGGUGGAUCGGUUUGUUGAGGCUUGUCGAACUGCUGUACACAUGUUAGAAAAAAAUGGCAGAGUAGAGGAAGCUAGAGCUGUUUGUCAACCAAACGUUCUCACCACCAUAUCAAAAUGGAGGAACAAGCUAAAAGUCUACCUUGCGCCUUCUCUGCAUGGCAUGCGCUACACAUCUUUUGGUCGUCAUUUCACAAAAUUGGAUAAGCUUCAGGAGAUUGUUAAUAAGCUUCACCCUUAUGUGCAAAAUGGAGACAUGAUAGUUGACUUCUGCUGUGGCGCCAACGAUUUCAGUUGCUUAAUGAAAAAAAAGCUUGAAGAAACUGGGAAAAUGUGCAGUUUUAAAAACUUUGACUUGCUUUCACCUAAGAAUGAUUUUAAUUUCGAGAGGAGAGAUUGGAUGACUGUUCGUAAGGAUGAACUGCCAGCUGGAUCUAAACUGAUCAUGGGAUUAAACCCUCCUUUUGGGUGUAAAGCGCAUUUAGCAAACAAGUUUAUUGACAAGGCUCUUGAGUUUAAGCCAAAGCUCAUUAUUCUCAUUGUUCCACCGGAAACAGAAAGGCUAGAUAAAAAAAGAGAGGCAUAUGAUCUGAUCUGGGAGGACGAUCAGAAACUUUCCGGAAAGUCCUUCUACCUUCCUGGAUCUGUUGACGUGGAUGAAAAUCAAAUAGAGCAAUGGAACAAUAGAACCCCUCUCCUCUAUCUUUGGAGUCACCCGGGAUGGACUAAGAAGCACAAGAACAUUGCCUAUGAGGAACAACAUUUAUCCCCAGAAAUGCCAUAUUAGUUGCAGACAGAGGAAGAACAACAUGAACCACACUUGUAGUUAUAGGACAAGUAGUAGAGUUCAGUAUAACAGAUGUAUAGAUAGCUAUGGUAGAUGAAAUAUAUCACAUUUAUUUCUCCUCAUCUCUAUGCAAAAAAAAUAAAAAUACAUAUACUUCUCGCCAUUUCAACUGUACACUAAAAUUUUUAGUGCAAUGAGAUGAGAAAAGAUUAAGAUAAAACGCUUCGUCGAUGUAUUCCAGGUUUCUCUUCUCAAUUUUAAAAAGUCAAAACAAGUCU